GAAUCAUCACCUUGUCUCCAGCAACUGCCACAUCCCCAAGGCCACCCUUCCCCACAACACACUUUCAAGAUGCCUCCCGCUUUGGAACACCGCCAACCACAACCUUGUCAAACCCAUCAGGAAGCCUAGGCAUCACGCUGAUCAAAGCAUCUCCCUUGGUGUUGUCGAGACUAGGAUCUUCUAGGCAACCACGUUCAUCAUCAUCAUCAUCGGCGUGGAAGAGCUUGGCUUCACGGCAAAGGCAACUUUGAGGAACACUUCAUGUAUUGAUUCAGCCAGAAAGGCGCAGUCCUGGAGCCCUGCAUCUUUGAGGCAAGGAGGAAAGAUCUUGUCUAGUAAUCCCACUGAUUCUUUUUCCUAAGUUCUUACCUAAGAUCUUCUUCUUCUAACUCAAGCUAUUGUUCUUCUUUGUUGUCCAAAGCUUGAAAUCUCUUCCUCAUCCCCAAAAUCCGCAGAAUCGGGCACAAGGAUGCCAAAGCGUAAACGAAUCAAUCUUGUGAGGGUCUUGCCAAACAACCAAAUUGAGGAUGGUUUGCCCUCUUUUCCAUCCAUGAACAAUGAGGUUGAGCCAAACCAACAACCUGUUUCAUCUGGAAACAAUGAAGCACCAUCUCCACCACCUAAAAAGCCAAGAGGUCCAACAUUGAUGUCCUACAUAUGGGAGUUGGAAAAAGGUGUCAAGGUCAACGUCAUAUUUGAUGCAAAUUGUCAUCCAAUUGGUAAAGAAGGCUGCACCUUGACUCGAUUCCUUGGUAUUGUUGCAAGAGAAUCAGAUGUUACACUUAUUAGCUAUAAGGAAUGGAGGGAUACGCCUAAAAUUUAUAAGGAUGACGUGGAAGAUUAUUGAGGGAAAAAAAAAUAGCUUAUACUCUUAAUAGAUUAGUAAACCUAGUGUAAAUUUUAUUGUCUACAUUUGCCUGACAUUCCAUUAGUUAACAAUUCAAUUUCAAUUCAAGUUUGUUUGCAAUUCCAUUUAAUUUUGAAGCCUUGGACCAGUUGUUGCGAUUUCAUAAUUUGGUUAGAUUCUAGUCCAUUACACUUUAUAGAUUUUUUCCAUUUUACAUCUUUCUGUAAUCAAAAUAAAUUGCUAUUGAUCAU